GAAAGAAAACAAGGAAAUCUCUUCCUGGAUGAGUUUUUUUUUUUUAAAUUUUUUUUUAUUUUCACUAGGUGUCGGGGUUUAGUUUUGGGAAGAUGUAGUUGCUUUUUAUUGUUUUUUUUUUUAAUAAAUUUAUAUACUUAAUCCAAUCUGAAAAGCCUCCGGCCUAGUUAAGGAAAAAAAUAACCCUGGUGUGAGUGUUCGCUCCUCUGCUGCUAGACUUCUCGGGCGUGAAGUUGCAAUGCCGGACCACAGCGAUGUUAGCCUGCCACCCGAAGAGCGGGUACGUGCCCUCACUAAGAAGGGCAGCUCCGUGGAUAUCAAUGAGGAUGUGCCACCACGGCGUUACUUUCGUUCUGGCAUGGAGAUGAUUCGCAUGGCCAAUGUCUACAUUGAGGAGGGGAACACGGAGCAUGCCUUUGUCCUCUACAACAAGUACAUCACGCUCUUUAUAGAGAAGCUGCCCAAACAUCGCGACUAUAAAACUGCCAACAUUCCAGAGAGGAAGGAGACCAUUCGGAGACUUAAGGAGGUAGCCUUUCCUCAGGCUGAAGAGCUCAAGAAAGGCCUUUUAAAGCAAUAUGAAAAGGAAUAUGCUGACUAUUUACUGAAAAAGAAAGCAGAAGAAGAAACCCUGGCACGUGAACACUCCAGACAGCGAGAGCUGGAGGCGGAACGGAGACGUGUGGCAGAGAUGCAGCAACGGCAGCGCGAGCAAGAGCAGUUCACUGUCUUUGAGGAGAUGAUCCGCCGACAGGAGCUGGAGAAGGAGCGCUUGCGCAUCUUGCAGGAAUUCAGCUCUCCUAGUGCACCCCCACUCGAUGGGCCCCUUAUACCUGGCGUGCUGGGACCCCCACAGCCAUCCGUAGUCAGUCCACCGCAGACCCCUGCAGCCAUCCCGUCUAGCAUCAGUCCUUCUGGCCCUCCAGCCAUACCCCCUACCUUUGACCGUGCCCUCAAGCCAGGGGCACUAGUUAGCCCUGGGAAUGGUGUCAUGGUCGAUGGACUGCGGCAGCUCUCUGUGCCGUCUGAGCUGUGUCACAGGUUUUUGAGGUUGGCGGAUGCCAAUACAUCACGGGCAGUUGAGACCUGUGGCAUCCUGUGUGGGAGAUUGACACAGAAUGCUUUCACUGUCACCCAUGUGAUUGUACCCAAGCAGUGUGGAGGUCCUGAUUAUUGUGACACUGAGAAUGAGGAGGAGCUUUUCCUAAUCCAGGAUCAGUAUGACCUCAUCACCCUGGGCUGGAUCCAUACACACCCCACCCAGACGGCGUUCCUGUCUAGUGUGGACCUGCACACACACUGCUCCUACCAGAUCAUGCUGCCAGAGUCUAUCGCCAUAGUGUGUUCACCUAAGUUCAAUGAGACGGGCUAUUUUAGGCUCACAGACUAUGGAAUGGAGGAGAUAUCGUCCUGCAAGCAGAAGGGCUUCCACCCGCAUCCCAAGGAGCCUCCACUGUUUUCUGCUGGAGGGCAUGUCACCAUCACAGACAGCAAGGUGACGGUGCUGGACUUGCGGUGACCAUCCCUCCGUUUCAAUGCCACAGAGCCAGACGUCGGCAGCCCGUCUACAGUCUCACCUUCCAUUCUGUUAAAACCAUUAUCAGCAGUGACGACAUCUCGCAAAGGAGCACUGCAUACUGAUUAAGCAGUCCCAGCCAAGCCAGUUUGCAUUACAGGAAAAACAGAGACCUUCUGGAUAAUAUCCAGUGCUGGUCUUGUACACACAUGCCUUUUUCUAUUGUCUUAAUUGUGCAAACAAAAAUAUGCUCACCUGAUGCUCAGAAUGUGAACUGAAUGAUUACACUCCAACUUUAGCUGCGUUCAGUUAAACAUAAUUGUGGAGUCUGGUUUAAGUUCCAUUUGUCUGCUAUGAUUCAUGAGUAUUUCUGAGUCCUUAUUUAAAAAUAUUCCCAUUGGUCAGGCAGUACUUUUGUGUAACACUCUAAUGGAGGGAAAGUCCAUCCCUUAAUACAAUUUCCAGGUCCCUUUAAAAUGUUAUUGCUUUGUGCUUGCUGUCACUUUAAUAGACCUCAAAAUGCUAAACAGAAACACUUUGUAAAUGUAGACAAUGUUGAUAUGUUAUAAAUAUAGGAUGGUGAUAUGGAAAUGCCUAACUUGAUUCUGCCCCUAGUAAUUUAUUAUACUUUUUACACGUUAUCUACUAGGACAUCAUGAUGUAAUUUCUGUUUUAUGUGACACAUUGAUAGAAGAAUGACAAAUCUAUGUAAUGUCUUAUAAUAUCUAUGGACUGACAGUGGUGGCAUCUUACAAUGUUGGUGGCAAAAAUAUAGAAAAUCAGCAACAAAAAAAAAACUGGAACAGCAUUCUUGCUGUGAUUACUUAUUUAGAUCCAGUCCAUAUAUAUACACAUACUGUACAGUAUGCAUUUCAUACUUAUGAGACGAUCAGACUUCUAGUAUUGUGAACCUGUACUGUACUACCUCCAUUUUUGUUAUUACCCUAUUAAUACUUGUAAAAUCGUGUCCUCCCUUGUAUAAAUAUUCUGAAGUAUA